CCAAGAUAAAGAAAACAAUUUUCAUUUCUACUGGAAGUGGAGUGCGGGCUUCUUUGGCAAGCUUUUUCUGGUGUUUUGAUGGCUAGCGCUCUUGCGAAACUGAGGAAGCGCUUGGGUUUUUCAUGCCCUAUCGAAGAGAAGUUAGGAAAGACAAUAGCCUCAUCCCUUCCCGGAGAACUAUGCCGCCACUUUUCUCUGGACGAAAUCAAAACGGCAACUGACAACUUCAAUGAAGAAUUAAUUGUCGGUGUGGGUGGUUUUGGCCCUGUAUAUAAGGGUUUCAUUGACGAGGGUAACCCCCGGACUAUGGCGAUAAAGCGCUUGAACCCAAGUUCAAAGCAAGGUGCACCAGAGUUCAGCACGGAGAUUCUAUUGCUCUGUCAGAUUCGCUAUGUCCACCUCAUUCAAUUAAUCGGAUACUGCUACGAUGAGCGUGAGAUGAUCCUCGUCUACGAUUUCAUGGCCAACGGCACGCUCCGCUGCCACCUUUACGACACCCAAAGGGAUUCCCUUCUGUGGAAACAGAGACUCCAGAUUUGCAUCGGAGCAGCGCGUGGCCUGCACUACCUACACAGUGGCUUGAAGCACCUAGUUAUCCACCGUGACGUGAAGACGACCAAUAUUCUUUUGGACAAUAAAUUGGUAGCCAAGGUUUCAGAUUUCAGAUUGUCCAAACUGACGGUGCGUUUGAGUCUGGAUAACAUUGCAGAUAGUAUGAUGGUAAAGGGUACGUUUGGAUAUUUGGAGCCGAAGUACAUAAGACGCCAAAAACUGACUGAAAAAUCUGAUGUGUACUCCUUCGAUGUGGUGCUUCUGGAAGUAUUAUGCGCCCGGAAAGCUCUGAAUCCCAAACUGCAGGAGGAGCAAUGGCAUCUGGCCAACUGGGCCCGAAACUGCAACAAGAAGGGGAGCAUCGGCGAAAUCAUAGAUCCUAAUCUAAUGGGAAAGAUAGCUCCAAAAUGCUUUAAGGUAUACGUGGAGAUUGCGAUGGCUUGCGUGCAAGAUCAGAGGAUCCAAUGGCCUAAGAUGGUAGAUGUGAUUGAUAAGCUCGAACUUGCACUGGAGCUGCAAGAGAAGGCGGAUGGAGAUGCAGAAGAUGUGCGAACUAUGAAUUAGUUGAUGGCUACAUUAUUUUAGUGUCAGAAGGGACAA